AUGAUACUUAUCUUACUGUUCCUAGCAUUCCCUACUGUAGUUGAAAAUUGCCUCGUUGUGAAAACAGUGGAGCCACCAAAAUGUGAAUGUCAGUCAUUGGCUCUGUCCACUUCAAAUAUUUUAUCAAUCAUCGGGAACCAUGAAUUCUAUAAAUCUAAUAUAUCCAAAUAUUCAAUUCAUGCUGCAAAGAUUUCAACCGACGACUGUAAUACACAGAUGUAUUGUGAAGGUGUAUACAGUCUAGUGGUAUUUGAUGGCACCGAGAAAUAUCAUGUGUUUGGCGCCUACUCUGUUGAUGGUCUUUGUGACCCAUUCACUCAGAAAUGGUUAGUCGAUGAUGGCUCUGCAACAUUAACAACUUAUGGAAAGAUGCAAGGAGUCUGUGUUGAUUAUACCAUCAAAGCCUACACAUGUCCUUGUAGACUUUACACUGUGGAUACUCAAAAUGCAAGAGAGAUGAUCGGUCCAGAUGACUCGUAUGGGAGAUUGUGGAGCAAUGUGGAGUUGACUAGACCUACACUUCCCGAUGAAGAGUGUCCAAGCACUUUCAUUUGUCCAAAGAAUACUGGCGGAGUUUUGAUGGUUCCUUUUUAUGCCAGGGAGAAUGAUCUAGUGUCUAUGGUUAUUAGUGAUGAUCGAUGUGCAUGGUCAUUCGGAUGCAGAAGAGGAGUUGCAUUCAAUGGACAGAAUCGUCGGAGCGAUCGAUUUGAAGCUGUUUGCCACGAAGAUAUUAAAAAAUGGACAAUUGUACAACAGAACAGUACUUUUGGAGAGGAACAAAUAUUUGAGAAUCAAGAUUUGUUCACUUUUGCAUGUGCUACAAGUUAUUGA